AUGGCCGACGCAAACAACGGCGCAAAGAUCACCCUCUACUGGCUCGAGAAGUCGCGCUCCCAGCGCAUCCUCUGGCUCCUCGAAGAACUCGGCGUCUCGUAUGAACUCAAGACCUUCAAGCGCGGGUCCGACAUGCUCGCUCCGCCAGAGCUCAAGAAGAUCCACCCACUUGGCAAAUCGCCCGUCAUCACCAUCGAGAGCGAGCACACCGACAAGCCGCUCGUGCUGGCCGAGUCCGGUGCUAUCUCCGAGUAUCUGUGCGACCACUUCGGUAGCCCCGACAAGCUAGUCCCGAAGCGCUACGCCGAUGGCAAGGAAGGCCAGGUCGGUGGAGAGAGCGAGGAGUGGAUGCGGUAUCGGUAUUUCAUGCAUUAUGCGGAGGGCACGCUGAUGCCGUUCUUGGUGUUCAAGUUGGUUAUGGAUACCGUCAAACAGGCCCCCGGCAUGCCCUUCUUCAUCAAGCCUAUUCCGCGCCUGGUCGCAUCCAAGGUCGAAGAGAUGUUCGUGCUCCCCAACGUCAACGCCAACUUCACGUUCCUGGAAGAGCGACUGAAGACCGCUCCGGACGGCGGACCCUUCCUGUGCGGAAAGCAGCUCACAGCUGCGGAUAUCAUGAUGAGUUUCCCGGUCAUCGCGGCCGCCGGACGCGUGCCUUUGAAAGAACAGUACCCGAAGUUGCAGGAGUACGUGGAUCGGUUGCAGCAGGAGGAGGGGUAUAAGAAGGCGGUUGCGAAGGUGGUGGAGGUGGAUGGGAAGUUUGAUGCUUCGCUGUGA